UAAAUUUGAAAGUUGGGAUUAUUUUGAAUUUUUUUCCUUUAGUCUAAUAUGUACAUUCAAACAAUGAAAGUGAGAUUUUGAUUUGUACUAGUUUGUCCAGGCUAAUAAGGACUUCUACCGUGGACUCAACAAAGUCAAGCUCCAAACAAAGAAUGACAAAUCUUUUCAAACCAUCUCAUAAGUUAAGUAUGAACCACUCCUUUGCUUUACAUUCUUGUGUUUGUCCAUUUAUGAAUUAUAUACGUUUUAUUUGUUUGUAAGCUGUAACGUUCAGUGAUUGUGGAGCUACAAAACAAAGUAUGUUAGCCGCCUUAUAAAAGUCAAACAUCUGAGUGUUUUAACUAAACACGCUUCACACUAAGUCAUCACAUGUAAUAAACCCUUUAUAAUUGCUUGAUCUUUCCCUCUCUCACUUAGUCAAAUAUCAUUCCCUUAGUUUCCUGGAAACUUCCUCCUCUGCAGUAAAGAAAAGAAGAAGAAGAGUAUCACAUACAGUAACCAUUGAUGGCCUCUUUCAACCAGCAAAGAUCUGUUCCUAAGUUCAAGUCAGCAACACCGUCUCCACUUCCUCUCUCUUCCUACUUCUCUAUGCCUCCUGGUCUUACUCAAGCCGACCUUCUUGACUCUCCUCUUCUCUUCACUUCCUCUAACGUUUUGCCAUCUCCAACGACAGGCACGUUUCCUUUGGAAUCUCUGAACUGGAAGAACAACGGUUUGCUUACCAACCGGAAUGAAAUCAAAGCUGAAGAUGGGAAGGAGGAGCACUUUGAUUUUGCCUUCACUACCAUCCAGACAUCUCCUCCUUUGUUCCUAUCUCAUUUUCAGACAGAAGAUCAGCGUUCAACCCAAGUGGAUGUACCCAAAUUUGAGUCAUCAGGUAACAAAACCUCUGAAGAUGGAUACAACUGGAGAAAAUACGGACAGAAGCAAGUCAAAGGAAGCGAAAACCCUAGGAGUUACUUCAGAUGCACGUAUCCAAACUGCCUCACAAAGAAGAAAGUAGAGACUUCUCUUGUGAAGGGUCAUGUCACUGAGAUUGUCUAUAAAGGAAGCCACAAUCAUCCCAAACCUCAGUUCACUAAGAGGUCAGCUUCCACUGCAGCAACAAAUGACGUCAGUUCUCAUCAGAGUGGUGGUGAAGAUAACGUAGAUGCCAAAAGAGGGAAAAGAGAAGAGGCUGUGAAGGAGCCAAGAGUGGUAGUUCAGACAACAAGUGAUAUAGACAUUCUUGACGAUGGUUAUAGAUGGAGAAAGUAUGGUCAGAAAGUCGUUAAAGGCAAUCCAAAUCCAAGGUUUUGUUUCUUUUUUUGUUCUCAACUUCAGUUACAAGGAGGCGCUUAUUUACCUAAAACGUGUGAUGCACGCAGGAGCUAUUACAAGUGCACCUUCACAGGAUGUUGCGUAAGGAAGCAAGUGGAGAGAGCAUUCCACGACGCAAAGUCAGUGAUCACUACUUACGAAGGAAAGCAUAACCACCAAAUCCCAAACCCAAAGAAGACGUCACACCUCAACAUGAUCUCAGACUGUGUCAGCUUUUAGUUUUUUUCAGAACGUUAUGUAACAAAUGAUGUAAUAAACAUAGAAAAGGCACAUGCUAUUAGCUGACAUUUUGAAGUAAAGGCAAAUCCAUUCACUUUCUUUAUA